GUUAUCAUAGUGUUAUGGUGCUGUGUUGUGAAGUGACUUGUGUUUUGUGUUUUGUGAACAUUUAGUGGUAUUAAAGAUCUGGACGAUACAAAGGUCUGGUUGGAUCAGACACCGCGGAAGUGGAAAAGUAUACACAGUGUAAACUUAGCGUCAAUGCUGGCAAGAGAAUAGACGCGAUGUACCCCGCUUGUUCUACGCAACGGACAUUAUUAGCAUUUAUUCUAAUCGCUGUGUCCACUUCCCCCACUGCAACGCAGAACACCAUCACAUCGGGUUUGUCAUCAGCAUCUGUCACCGGUACCGUAACACGCGUGUCGUCCGUCGUCGGCGGGGAAGCGGACUUACCUUGUGACUCGCGUCCUCCACAAAGAAAUGACAGCUUGCUGCUCGUCGUGUGGUAUAGGGACGACAAUCCUGUAUACAGUUACGAUACCCGAGUCUCCGGGCCCGAUGGUCACUGGUCGGAUGACACAUUUGGGGACCGCGCCAGAUGGGUCGGCCAGCCCCCAGCGCUACAUGUCCGGGACGUCCAAUCCCGGGACAGAGCGAUAUACAGAUGUCGCGUCGACUUUCAAGUGUCACCGACGAGAAAUUACAGAAUUGCACUCGACGUCAUUGAGCUGCCGUCAAAGCCGGUGAUCUUCGAUGAGUUCGGCAAAGAAAUAGUUGGCAUCGCCGGUCCGUACAACGAGGGGGGUGACUUCAAACUUAUUUGCACAGUGAACGGAGGUAAUCCUACACCAAGAGUACAAUGGCUGCAAGGGGAUACAGUGCUCGCUACACUAGCUGCGGGUGAAUUACAGCCACCAGGGAGCAGCAGGUCGUUGACCCUCGUCGUAUCUAACGCUACAAGAGCGCACUUGUCUUCUGUGUACAUGUGUACAGCGGAUAACACUCUGUUGUCUCCGCCUCAGCGAGCUUCAGUCAAGAUUGACUUGUAUUUAAGGCCGCUGACAGUAGAGAUUCUGUCACGAGAGCAGCCAUUGUCAGUGGGGAGAAAGGCAGAAUUGUUGUGUAGGUCAACGGGAGCAAGACCCCCAGCGAUUAUUACCUGGUGGCUGGGCGGCAAGCAGCUUAAUUCUAUCACCAAAGAAGAGGAGCUGGACGAUAGAAACGAGACUCAAUCGGUAUUGCAGUGGACGCCUCAGAAGGAACACAAUAGGAAAGUGCUCACUUGCAGAGCGGAACAUUCAAAGUUCAAUAAAUCGACGAUAGAAAGCAAAUUACCGCUAAACAUUUAUUACGUGCCCGUCGCCACAAUGCACCUCGGUGCCAAGAUGAACCCAAACGAUAUUGAAGAGGGCGACGAUGUAUACUUCGAAUGCGAAGUCGAUGCAAACCCGCCGGCUUAUAAAGUGGUGUGGGAACAUAACGGUGUCCUUCUACAAAACAAUCCGUCAAACGGUGUUAUCUUGACAGCGAACACCAACCUCGCUCUCCGCAAUGUCUCACGUCACCAAGCCGGCCUGUACACCUGCACUGCAUCCAACGUCGAGGGCGAUGGCAAAUCAUUACCUUUACGGAUGCAAAUUGUUUAUAGACCUAUAUGUCGGAAGAGAGAGAUAAAACUGAUUGGUGCAGCGUUACAAGAACCAUCGAAGGUGGAAUGCGAAGUGGAUGCUUUUCCACCCCCAACCACGUACGAGUGGACUCUCAAUAACUCAGCCGGCUCUAUCAAAGUCGACCCUGACCGCUUUACUGUUAACGAAAUAGAAGGCAAAUCAGUACUUACCUACGUCCCUGUCUCCGACACCGACUAUGGCACAUUAGCUUGUAGAGCCACUAACCUGGCGGGCCAGCAAAUAUCACCGUGCGUUUACACGUUACUACCAGCGACGAGACCUGACCCACCUUCCAACUGCUCAGUGUAUAAUCUCACUGACGAUUCGCUGGACCUGGUAUGUCUUGCAGGUUACGAAGGUGGUCUACAAUGUACAUACGUAGUAGAAGUAUGGGGGAACGACGGUCUAGUUACGAAUUCGACAAACGGCGCAGCGGUGUGGAAUCUCAGAAGACUCGGGGCAAAGAGACACUUAACGCUGGUCAUAUACGCCGCUAACAGUAGGGGGAGAUCAGAACAUCUCACAUACACAGUCGAAACAGCGCCGAGAUUAUCUCCUCGAACAGAAGCACAAGAAGCGUGGGAGGUGAACUGGGCGCUGGGUGGCGUGCUCGGAGCAGCGCUUACUGUGGCUAUCAUUUUAUGUCUCGCACUAAUUGCUACAAGAAUACGACAUAGAGCGAGGGACUAUGAAGUGACAAUGCAAUCAACUAAGAAUCAAAUAGCGUCGCUUCAGAAACGUUCGUCUCCAGACGAUAGGAACCCAGACCUUAUUCCACUUAGUAAAGGAAUAGAUUGUCCGCCCGAACCGCCGCAGUACUCCGCGGUAGUUGCGAAAUCUGAAGCAAAGAACUCGUCAAGUUGCCACAGCUUGGCACGAACUCAAUCUCCGACUUCACCAAUAUCAAACGCUACUCAUGACAUAGCGAACGAGCGAUUGAAUGGUACGCUGAGGUCACAUCGGGAGGUUGUGACGACUCGCACGCCGCUGCUAGCAGCACAUCAAGAGAGCUGCGUUUAA